CGCUUCACUGCUCACUACUGCCUCUCCUGGAGAUUCAGGCUGAGCAGGCGUAGAAAUGAAGGACCACCCCACCUCUUUACGUUCACUCUUAACUGGAGCACAGUUCAGUUACAAUCAGCGUAGUGUUGGAGUCUGUACGCACAAUGGUGAACUUAACCUUGACACCAGUGUUACUCUGCACCUUCAGUUGGAUCUCUGUCUCAGUCUCUGAGUUUUACACAGUGGAGGUUCAGCCUGGUGAAGAAGUCACACUGCUGUGCUCCAACUUCAGCAGUAUACCCACAAAUAUAUUCUGGUUCAAACUGGUCAAUGGACCCUACAUCACCCGCAUCUCAGCUAUGUUGAGCUCUGAUCAAAAUGCUUUCUUCUACGAUGGAUUUGACACUGGCAAAUUUAAUAUGACAUCCAACACCACUACUCUCUUUCUGAAGAUCAAACCUGUGGAUUUAACUGACUCUGGACUGUACUUCUGUGGAUCUAACCAAGGGCAAUACUCAGUAACUGUCUCAGUUGCAGUUAUAGCUACAAAUUUAAGAGUUCAAGAAGUGCUAAGUGAUGGGUUUACAAAUGUGAUGACUGUGAUCCUGGCCGGUACAAUGGUUUUCCCUCUAAUGGUCAUAUGUCUGGUCGUCAAAAUCCAAACAUGUCAUACAGGUGAAAAUGAGGAAGUGAUUCCACAACAUACUGAGAAUACGGCCAGUUCUCUGAACGAUGUAGAUGAGGGGCUGCAUUCAUCAGCUAUAAGGAGGAGGAGGAGGCCAGCUUCAGAGAGACUAGUGGAAUCUUAUGUUAUUUAUGCUACCAGAGGAUAGCCUCAUGCAGCGGAUUUGACAUACAUCAGUCAAACUCUUGCGUAACAAAUUCCCACAAUUUGAGGUAACACUUUUUCCUGUUAAGUUUGGGUUUUUAAUUUUGCAUUAAGAAUAAGUAAUAUGGUUGCUGUUAAUCAUACCAGAGUCAGUUUGCCUCAAUCAUCAACGGAGAAUGACUGAUCCUUCAUGUAAAACAUUUUGAAUGUUCAUCUUAUUACAGCAAUAUCUACAUCCCUGCUGCCUCUGUCUGCACAUACAACCUCUUAUCUUCAGAGAAUUCAAAUUCAAUAAAAAAAAAUAAAAAUAAAAAUAAAAAAAAAUGCAUUGUAUCAAUUGUGUUUUAACCUGAGGAAUUUAAAUUGUUUUUAAGACAUAUUAGCUGCUUUCAACAAUAAAAAAAAAUAAAUAUUGGUACUGAGAGUUGAUCUUGCCUCUGGUAUUACUGGUAUCAUUCUACUUUCUUGUUGACCCCUGCAUCUGUACUGUCUAGAGCAGUGAAAGUGUGACUAAGUUUCCCACGACUUGUGAGACAGGAAGAGACAGCACAGCUGAAUAUGAAGUGAGUUCAGUUUGGCAUUGAUGACGUGUUUUAAGCUGUGAAUGAGAUUCAAUGGUGUUCAACAUCUCUCCCUUUGCUGUAAAGUCUUUGAAAACACAAUGCAUCAAUUUGUGUGCAGUUUCUUAUUAUUGGCGUCAAAGUAAGUGGAUAAUAUUAGGGAAAAGCUCAUCCAUAAAAAAAAAAAAAAGACAGUAAUUUUUGUUCAGCACUUCACCCCCAUCUGCCCCAUUUUCUUCCCCUGUGGUUACAUACAGCACUGUCUGCAUCAGUGAGCUUUCACCUGUAUAUCUGUAGUUAAUGAGGUCACAGCCAGAGGAAAUUCGACUUGCAGCUCUGCACCAUAACCACAAACUAGCUUCAUGUUCCCACAGAC